GUAAAUUUGCACAAUGACAUAUUUGUCUAUGAAAAAAGAAGUUGUCUUAUCACUUAUCGUACAUUUUCGAUAAAUUUUUGUCAUAAAAUUUUAGAUACAUAUUUAUUUUUGAAUCAUUAAUUUCUCUAUUUCCACACUUAUUAUCCUACAUGACUGAUUCUUUCCAUGUCAAUUUCAAAACUAAAACCCAAUCCUCUCUAUACCUGAUCAAAUAAACAAAUAUUAACCUUAAUUCUUAACAAAUUAAUAGUGUCCUCAAAUGACAAUCGUAUAAAUACAUUAAUCUUACUAAGCCAUAACUUUAAAAUAAAUCUAAUAAUUCAAGUGUCUAAAUAAAAUAUAACGACGUAAUAAAGUAUUUGCACAAAUCCAGUCAAAAGUGCCAACAAUGGAAAUCACACACAAAUACCACUAAAUUCCACAAAAGCACCACAAGUAAUCCUAAUGCAAACUUGACAAAACAAAACACUUCCUCAUGCUCUCCACUUUCUUUACGAUCCUAAAAUAAAGCCAUUUCUCAUUUACUAUUUUUAGUGAUACUACUACUUCCAACAUAUCAUUCAAACGAAUUAAAUUUAUAAUACGAAUUCAUAAAUUUUAAAUUCUGAAACUGACCUGUGUACACGAAUAUGGCUUUGUGUGUGAUGGAUACCGCGCGAGCUUUAGCAUGUAGAGAUGGAAAUGCAGCAACAAAUCUCAAACUCAUUUCGAUAUUCGUCAUUUUCUUCACUAGUGUAAUCGGAAUAACGCUGCCGGUUUUUUUAGCCCGGUUUUUAUUUCACGGCAAACCGGUUCACGAUAAAGCGAUUUUAAUAAUCAAAUGCUUCGCCGCCGGCGUGAUUCUCUCUACCUCGCUUGUUCACGUUCUUCCCGAUGCAUUCACUGCACUUUCCGAUUGUCAAGUUACUUCCCGUCAUCCAUGGAAGGAUUUUCCAUUUUCCGGUCUGGUAACUUUGAUCGGCGUAUUAACGGCGUUGUUAGUCGAUUUAACGGCGACUUCUCAUGUAGAAAGCCAUCAGAAUCAGGCCGGAGGAUAUACGGCGGUUGGGGAUAGUGAAGAAUUAGGGAUUUUGAGUAAGAAAAUUGACGUUGAACAGCAACAGAGAGAGGCAGAGGAAUUGGUGAAAUUGAAGCAGAGAUUAGUAUCGCAAGUUUUGGAAAUUGGGAUAAUUUUUCAUUCUGUUAUAAUUGGUGUGACUUUAGGGAUGUCGCAGAAUCAGUGUACGAUUAGACCUCUUGUGGCUGCACUAUCUUUUCAUCAAAUUUUUGAAGGGAUGGGCCUCGGAGGUUGCAUCGCUCAGGCGGGGUUUAGCUUUGGAACAACAGCCUAUAUGAGCUUCAUGUUUUCAGUGACUACACCAAUGGGUAUAGUAUUGGGGAUGAUAGUUUUCUCAAUAACAGGAUAUGAUGAUACAAGCCCAAAUGCAUUAAUCCUUGAAGGUUUAUUGGGAUCUUUAUCUUCUGGUAUACUAAUAUACAUGGCUUUAGUUGAUCUUAUUGCUCUUGAUUUCUUCCACAACAAAUUGAUGAGUGGACAACCAUUCUUGAAAAAAGUAUCUUUUAUAGUUCUUGUUCUUGGAUCUACAUCUAUGUCAAUCCUUGCUCUUUGGGCUUGAAAAUAUAUAGUGCAAUUUAAUAAACUUGUGUAUCCUUUGUUUUACUUGAAAUAUGUAUUCAGUGUAAUUCUAUAA